AUGGUAGCAGGAGUGGUGGGAAGCAGCUGCCGAACCUCCCAGGAGGCAAGUCUACAAGGCUUUGGCCGACCAAGUGUACACCAUGCUGCUGUUGUCAUCUUCCUUGAAUUCUUUGCGUGGGACCUUCUGACAACUCCAAUGUUGACUGUUCUACAUGAAACAUUUCCUCAACACACAUUCCUCAUGAAUGGUCUCAUUCAAGGUGUAAAGGGCCUGCUGUCUUUUCUGAGUGCCCCGCUCGUAGGCGCUCUGUCUGAUGUGUGGGGGAGGAAGUCCUUCCUCCUGGCCACUGUCUUCUUCACCUGCUUCCCAAUCCCGCUGAUGAGGAUCAGCCCGUGGUGGUAUUUUGCGAUGAUUUCUGUGUCUGGAGUCUUCUCGGUUACAUUCUCUGUGAUAUUUGCCUAUGUAGCUGAUGUCACGCAGGAGCAUGAGCGAAGUACUGCUUAUGGAUGGGUCUCAGCCACCUUUGCAGCUAGUCUGGUCAGCAGCCCAGCCAUUGGAGCAUACCUUUCUGCCAGUUAUGGAGACAGCCUUGUUGUGCUGGUGGCCACAGUGGUGGCUCUUCUGGACAUCUGCUUCAUCUUACUGGCUGUUCCAGAAUCUCUGCCUGAGAAAAUGAGACCAGUUUCCAGGGGAGCUCAGAUUUCUUGGAAACAAGCAGACCCUUUUUCGUCAUUGAAGAAAGUUGGAAAAGAUUCUACUGUCUUGCUAAUCUGCAUCACUGUGUUUCUUUCAUACCUUCCUGAAGCUGGACAGUAUUCGAGUUUUUUUCUCUAUCUCAGACAGGUCAUAGGUUUCGGAUCUGUUAAAAUUGCAGCAUUCAUAGCUACGGUAGGAAUUCUGUCUAUUGUGGCUCAGGCCCAGCUUUCUUCCCCUCUUCGAUGGCCCUCGCUCCUGCCUGAGCAGAACGCCCCACAGACUUCCGAGGGAGGCUGCCAUCUCCUCGUCCUCCCUCAGGCCCUCUGCAUGUGUGAGGCACUGCAGUGCUGCUGCAGCCUGUCCGUGGCCACAUCUCGCGUCCUCCUGGCGCACAGAGGGUCCCAGCAAGGCUGCACCCUCCCUGGCAUACUCUCCUCUAGGUCCCCCUCACCAGGCCAGGGGUGGAGCGACCUCCCACCAGGGCUAGUGCGACUCCGGUUCCCCAAGGCUCUCGUCGCCCUCCAGCCAGCUCAACAAGCUGGGAGAAGGGGAGGGCGGGGAGCCGGGAGCAGCGGCAGGGAGCAGGAGGCCAGGCCGGGUAACCCCGAGCAAGCCUCCGGGAAGGUGGCACGAAGGCCACUCGCAGCUUCCAUUGUUUUCCACUGCGGGCCCUAG